GUUGUAGAUAGCAAUAUGGUGUUUGUGAAUAGAAACACUAUUGGGAAAUUCAUAGAGAUCAGUAUGGUAAUUCCUUCGGGCCUGAAUUGGCAGAUGAUCCACCUUAGAGAAUAAAGAAAGUUGAAGAAGUUAAAAAGUGGAAUUUUUUUUGGAGCUUUCCCUGCGUAUCCUUAUCCUUAACUAUCCCAAGCCAACGAUUCCACUUACCUGAGCCACCUUCGUCCUUCAUCAACGAAAUAGAGCUAGCAGAGUCAGACUCCACCUGAAAACCAACUGAGUCGAUUUUAUAAUAGCUCACAACAUCUACCCGGUCUGGUUCCUCAUGAUAGCGCCACCAGUCACCCUCCCAGGGAUAAGCUCUUCUUGGCUAAGAAUCGGAUCUAUCCGUCUAGGCUUCUACUUAGAAAAGUUGGAUGACCAAUUCUGUGAAUAGAAUUUAAUCUGCCAAAUUGGAUGUUUAUCAAUUAUUAAAUAUCGACCAUAUUCAGUCUUACGGCCUUAUAACCUGUUGGCCUGUACUUAAAGAUGAGAGCUUUGCUCUUAGCUAGAUCUGCCGUGGCUGGUGGGUUAACUUGAAGUUCCUACAGUAGGCAAGACAAAAAAGAAUUGAAGAAGGAAGAUGUUUGAUCACAUAACAGCAAGUGAAAUAGCAGGCUAUGCCGUUGGUGCUUUGCUACUGUGUGCAACCAUAUCUGCCCCUAAGAUUGACUCUUUAUUCGCUGCUCCUCAGCGCAGUUCACUGGGGAUGUGCAAAAGAUGUGGGGAUCUGAAGGUGUUAGCAUGCAGGAAAUGCAAGGGGUCUGGAGUUGUUAGACCCUUCAAUUUCAUUCCUCCUAAUGAUGAUCAUGAUUAUCAAUUAGCUGCCUCAAAAUGGAGAUUAGCAUCCUCCUCUUGUGCCAAGUGUCAGGCCAGAGGUCAUUUUAGCUGCCCGGAGUGCUCAAAGAAGCUGCCCCAAUCUUAAAUCUUCAUCUGCAUCUCAUUAUCAUCAGCUGAUGAUUGUGUAUUUCUGCUUUUCCUCUUUCUGGCUUUGUGUUCGCUGAAGGAUUUAUAAAUGCUGCUUCUGUGGGAUUUUCACUGAGUAACAUGUAUGAAUAAAAUUGUAUAGAUAAGGAGCAGUGUAUGUAUAAAAUUGAAAGUAAGAGUAAAAAAGACACUUAUCUUUCGAUGCAGUAAUAGUUUCCAAACAAGUGAAAACAGAGGAAAUAAGACUUAACUUGCAUGCAAGAAAUUAUUAUCAUUAUUAUCAUUAUCCCUCUG